ACGAGAGUAUAUAUAAAGUAUUUUCUAUUCUUGACAGACUUAAUAGCAUCCUAUAUAAGUCUCUUCGUCUUAUUAGAGCUUGACAAACGUGUAAACAAGAAGCAUGGCGACGUGUCAAGAUGGCUGAUCUUAACAAAGAACUGAAUGAAUAUCUGCUGAGCAAUAAAAAUGAGAAACAGUAUAAAAUUACGGUGCCUUCGGUGACAUUACCGAAAACGAACAUUGGAAAAUGGUUCGGAAGAAGCGGAGAUGAAGACAAAGAAGAAACAGGCUGGAUUCAAGGAGCGCAAAAGGAAUGUUGCCCUAGUAUGACACGUAUGCAAAGGCUGAUUAUGUUCAUUGUAUGUUUUUCCAUGGGUGUACUUUGUUUCUGCUUAUCGGCGAUGUAUAUUCCAGUUUUAUUACUCAAAGCAAGGAAAUUUGCUCUUCUCUACACAUUGGGAAGCGUAUUUUUCCUAUCGAGUUUUUGCUUCCUCCUGGGACCAUUAAGUUACUUGAAAUCAUUAUUUACUGCUGAGAGAAGGUGUUUCACAGUGUCCUAUUUUGCCACUUUAAUUGGAACACUUUAUUUUGCUCUACAUUUACAAUCCACUCCAUUGACAGUACUAUGUGCUGUUUUACAAUUAAUUGCUAUGUUAUCAUUUUUAGUAAGUCACAUACCUGGAGGAACUAAAGGUUUAAUGUUUUUUACAAGGAUGUUCAAGUCCUCUGUGAACUCCACGUUACCUGUAUGAUAUUAUGGUUAUUUAGGUGUCAAAUAUAUACAUGUAAAAGUAAUCUUGUAACUUUACUUUUGCAUUUACAAAAUAUAAAGAUUUUCUAUGUGAAUGAUGACCUACUGAUAAACAUGUUCAAACAUAAAUACAAUAAGAAUAUGUGUAAAAGACUGACACUUUCAAUAUGACAUCAGUGUUCAUUAAAUAAAUUUCUGUUGUAAGGAGGGUUCAAGACUCAAAGAUACUCGUUCAGUUAAAUUAUAAAUAUGAGUUUUGUAUAUAAUGUACUUAUAUGUAUAAAAAAAUUUAUAUUCUUUAUUUUUACAUUUCUGUACAUUUAUAUGAAUGAUGACAGUAUUGUACAAUUGUAGU